AUGGAAGGUCAAAAGCAACAAGUCACGGAUGCGGUGGGCUCUACCGAGGAGCCAAAAGUUGAAAUGCCACCCCAGAAAGGUGUGGUCGAGACCGCCGAUGUCGACGUUGGCCUUCGUAUCAUCAACGAGACCACUGGUGAUGUCAGUGUCGAGCCAGCACUUAGACGUCGUUCCUUGCGCAAAGUGGACACUUGGGUGCUCCCUCUCCUGGCGUUGACAACAAUGCUCCAAUUCUUGGACAAAUCGACUCUGAGCUACGCAGCCAUCUUUGGAAUCAUCGAAGACACUGAGCUUCAUGGAACAGAGUACUCUUGGUUGGGCAGUAUCUUCUACUUCGGUUAUCUGAUCACGCAGCCUUUCGCCGCACACCUGCUGCAAAAGUUUGCCGCUGCAAAGUGCCUGGCAGUCAGCGUAUUUAUCUGGGGAGUUAUACUCUUCAUGCACGUGGUGUGCAACAAUUGGGCUAAACUUAUGGUUGUUCGCUUCUUCCUUGGUAUGGCAGAAGCAAUUGUCACACCUGCCUUCAUUUUGAUCAGCAGCGCAUGGUAUGCCAGACGUGACCAACCGCUCAGGAUGGGGUUUUGGUUUUCGUUCAACGGCGUCGCCCAGAUCGUGGGAGGCCUGCUGUCGUACGGCCUCGGACAUAUCCACGUCGGCAUUGCCUCUUGGAAAUGGAUGUUUCUGGUCACUGGAGCCCUCUCUGUGCUGUGGGCUAUUGCCUUGUGGUUCAUGCUGCCGGACAACCAAGGCACAGCAUGGUUCUUGAAUCAAGAGGAAAAACGCGCCUCGGUCGAGAUGGUCCGCCAAAACCACACCGGGAUUCACAACAACAAGUUCCAGCGCGAGCAGUUGGUCGAGGCCUUGCGCGACAUCAAGACAUGGGCCUUUUUCUGGAUGGCUCUGAUCUGGAACGUGCCCAACUCUAUCGCGACUUUCGGCAGUCUGGUUAUCAAAAACUUCGACUACGGCGUGCUCGAGACGACAUUGCUCGGCAUGCCAGCAGGAGCCCUUGAGUUUGUCCUGAUGAUCAUCAUCACCUAUAUUUGUCUCAAGGUUGCAGAUACUCGGGCCUGGUGCAUGAUCACUGCCUUGACCACCGCUCUGGUGGGGUCGAUCAUGGUCUUCGCAGCUCCCUAUCAUAACAAAGCCGCCCUACUCGCCGGCUACUACAUGAUUUAUGCCUUCCCGACUGGGUAUAUUCUACUCUUGUCCAUGAUCUCUGCCAACACCGCUGGGCACACGAAAAAGGUCGUCACGAACUCUUUGGCCAUGAUUGGUUACAGCGUUGGAAAUAUCAUCGGACCACAAUUCUUCAAGACAGCUCAACAACCUCGUUACGGCCUUGGAAUUGGCGCUUGUCUCGUUUCCUUUGCAUUGUUGAUCGUCAUCCUGAUCGGCUUUCGCUUCUAUCUGAUGUGGCAGAAUAAACGUCGUGAGUCGACCAGGAUCGAAAUGUCGGGACUGACUGGUGACCACGCCACGACGGAAUUUGAUUUCAAAAACUUGACCGACAAGCAGAAUCCGCUGUUCAUUUAUACCUUUUGA